AUGGUUUGGGCCAAGGCAAGGUCCGGCACCUGGACCGAUGACUUCGACGGCGCUGAGAAGGUAUUCUACUCCAUGUCGCAGGCGUUCAAGCGAUACCAUCGGGAACACGGCUCCGUCUACGCCAUUUGCCGCAUCCGCAUUGCACACCCUCUCAGUACUGGGCCGGAGACGCUGAGUGAAAAACUCAGACAGGCAUGGACAUGGCUGCGCUGUGACUUCCCGGCCUUGACCGUGUUUGAGGAGGGCGGGAGGAAAACGUAUCUCGAGGCCAAUGCCGCCAACAUCGAGACGUGGGUCAACGACACGUUUUGGGUCGACGAUGAGGCAGACGCGGCUCGCGAUGUUGUGGCCGACUUACACCUCCGGAGGCUUCCAUGUUUGGUCUUUGUUCCGCGCUCCUUCGAGGUGCUCUUCCACUGCUCCCACUGGAGGAUUGACGCACUCGGCGCCUGUACGGUGCUGGACCGACUAUUUGAUAUUUUGUUUGAGCUUGCAAGGACCAAGCCGGAGUCCUUGCAGCCGCCGCGGUGGGAACUAGAGCACGAGCACCUCUCCGCCAGCCUGGAGGACGCGUACGGAUGCGCCCCAAUGCCGACACCCAGCACUGAGGCCAAAGCAGAAGACGUACGCCGGAGAAACUUCGACUUAUCGUACCCGUCAGCAGGCCUGUCCUAUCAGGGCGACCAAUCCACCUCUCCGGGGAAAUCCCAGUGCCAAACGGUGGCGCUGGAAAGGGAUGCUUCGGAACAGCUGAUUCGGGCGUGCAAAGCCCGCGGCUUCUCGGUCACCGCCGCGGUGCACGCAGCCUCUGCCGCCUCUGUGCUGGCCGACUCAGACUGUGACAACUACAGCACCGUCGUCUCAGUCAAUCUUCGCCCGCUUCUCCCCGGAGGAGCAAGCGCCUAUGCGUGCGGCACGUACGUGACCGGGAUCACACACUCGCUGCGACGGAGCGACAACUUUGAGACCUGGUGUCGGCAGCUGACCAGCGGUUACCGGGGGGAUUGGGAUCCGGCGGCGUAUAUGGAUGCGCUUCGGUCCAUCUACCGGGUACACGGCGAGACAUUGGCCAGCAUGGCGGCAUCAGGAGCCAGGCCACCGGCGAGUAAUGUGACGGUCAGCAGUCUGGGUGUGAUUGACAAGUACUUACGCCCAGUCCAUGGUGCUGUCGAAGUUGAAACAUUCCAUCUGGGCAGCGCCAUCAUGGGCAGGCAGCCCACUCUGUACAUCUGGACCUUCCGAGGUCGCUUGACACUGUCGGUGGAUUACAACGAGGCAUACUACUCUGUGCAUCAGGUCUCCGCCUUGUUAGAUAGUAUCAGAAAUUGCCUUGGCAGGGAACUUGGGGUGUUGAUAUGA